AUGUUAAUUCCAAGAUCGUCAACAACAGCUUUGAUGUGUGAGCCUUUAUUUGCUGGUACCAGUAGCAAAGCACAGUGGUUUCACGAUGGUAUAUUUGUAAGCAAUGUUUCACGUACUUCGAAUGCUAUAUUGCACAAUCGCACUUACGUUUUUGAACAAACUGUACCAAACGUUGGUUUUCUUAUCAUCACAAAUAUUACUCUCGAUGAUGAAGGAGAUUAUUGGUGUCGAGCAGAUAAUGGAGAAGAAGGUGAAAUAUCUCAUAUUAUUAUCGCUUAUAUUAACAGUUUUCCGAAUUAUUCUAAGCCGAUAUUUUAUCCACCAAAGGCAUAUUUGGGACAGUACCUUAUUGCUACCUGUCCAACAACAGAAGCUUUUCCAGCACCAACUUUAACAUGGCUUUUGAAUGGGAAAGCAAUUGAUUUAUCAACAAGACGAAUUGUACAAAGUUUUAAUGGUUCGCUUAAAAUUUUGCAAAUUUUACAUCAAGAUAUUGGCUUGUAUGAAUGCAUUUUGACAAAUUUUGCGGGUCGUACGAGUGCUAAAGCAUUUUUAGAACUUACUCAACAACCAGUUAAUGAGCAUUUUAAUGGUGUAUUGUUUACAAAAGCUUGUCAAAAUCCAUUUCGAAGUGGUUUUCUAUGGUUUUUGAUCGGUUGUUUUGUCACAUGCUGUGGCGUACUGUUAUAUUUGAUAUGCGCAAUGGCUUUGAUUCGUUCUGGUUCUCGGUAUAAGAGAUCGCUCUAUCCGAGCCCAUUAAUUCAUAAUUAUCCAAACUUAGCUCCAGGAUUUCGAAAAGUGGUUGUACAUGCAAGUGAUAUGCGUCAAAACUUGAUUGCAACUACGCCAAAUUAA